AUAUUGGUAACUCAGUGCAGUAGCAUCGAAAAUUUAAAGGGUUCGAAGGAUCAAGGAUUUGAAGCAACAAUGGGGAAAAUCAAGCGACAGAGAAGAAAAUUACACCCAUCAGUGGUGAAAGAUGCAGAUAAGGAUGCUGUGAAUGAAAUGGACACGGGCCUAUUACAGCCGAGUGUCUUGUUUCCAACCAAGGGUCUCCUCCAAAGCUCUAAUACAGAAGAUGCGUCUCUUCCCCUCCAAACAGAGGAUGAUCGAAUGUCCUUUGUGUCCAAGAAGAGCAUCAAAGGGAGCAAGCAAAUCACUAAGGUGGAGAAGAGAAAACUUCGGCAUGACAAGUGGUUGGAAAAAGUGGACACCAUAAGCUCUGCCAAGAGGAGAGCGAUGGAUGCCAAGAAGAGAGCAGGAGUACCGGUCGUGGGUGACAUGAACCCUCUUAAUGAAGCCCUUCCAGAGCUUUCAGAGAUCCUGAGGAUUGGACCUCACUACACACCAAACAGCUCAAAUACCAGGAACAGCCAGCCAGCAAAGAAGCCAAGAGCCACCCUAAAAAUGAAAGAUAAGCAGAAGAUGAUGCUUGAAGAGAGUGCAAGAUUCCAGGAGGUUCUGAAGCAUUCAGCAUUCAAGAAAAACCCCUUUGCAACCAUCAAUGUACAUCUGAAGAACAAACUCAAACAAGAGCAGCAAGCGCAAGAAACGUGAUAGAGGACUGGAUGCCAUCAUUUUAGUGAUGAAAUGGACUAUCAUGUUUAAACCUACAGAUCAAAGCAGAAUAUGGGGGCAUUCUAGUUCUGCAAAUCUGCUUUGUAAGAUCUCGUACUCAUGUAUGUGCACAGAACCCAAUUCUGUUCAGUGGACAGUGCUUUUACAUUUUCCUUUAUAUUCGUCAUACUCCACCACUCUUGGCCCACAGAAUGCAAGAAAAGGUUAAAUUUUAGAUGAUUUUAUACUUCAAAUCCUUCACAAAUUACCAUUUUUAAUGCGAUUGGUUCCCAGUGAAGAUCGUCAACCUGGACUCCUGGAGUCUUUCCCGUUUUAUGUACAGCCUCUGUUUGUAGCAAAAAAGCUUUUGCUUUAUUUCUAUUUUGACAUCUACUUAGCACAAAGUAUUUGUAGCUGCAUGUAAGUAUGUAUGUACAUUAUUAUAAUAUCAACAUAUUACUUACAUAAAUAGAAGUGAAUUGUGCAAGAUCAAUCCUUAUUAAUAAGGUAUAUUUUUACUUAUUGAAGCCAUAAUAAAUCUGUAUUAUUUUUGUUUAACUUUUGGAAACUUGAAUGAAUAUACUUGAAUGAAAUGGAUGUAUCUAAACUAAAUGCAUCAUAAAAUGCAAGUUAUAUAGAAUCGCCAAACUUUAAGUCUACUAAAGUAUUUCUUAAGUUUAUAAGAAAAACACAAGAUCAUGUGCCAUCUUUUUGAUGAUCGGUUGAUGCUGAAUAAGUAUGAAAUGCAUGCAUUUUAAAUAAACUACAAGUUUACUAUUAUAAUUUUUUUAUCUUUAACUAAUAUUAUGUUUUCAUCAUAAACAUGCAUGUGCGAUUGUAUCACAUAUUUUUAAGCACAGAUUUUUAAUGUCAUACAAAUUGUCUUCCACUUAUUGAGAUGAAGAAGGUAAAAAAAUCAACUACUCUUGGAAAAAAUUAGAUUCACAACAUCAGUUGUUUUCAUAUUGAUUUUUAAAAGUACUAAGUACCGGUAUAACAAAAUAAAUAUGACACUGUUAUUAUUUUAAUUGCUGAUAUUCACAUGUACAUGGGAGAAGCUGUGGUUUCAGUUUUUCGUCUUAUUACAAUGUUCGGUUAUUUAUUACAGCAAUAAAUCAUCUGUU